AGUCCUCCAUACAUAGCGCUUUCAAUCUUUUCGGCGACAGAGCAAUCACUUUCUCAUCGAUCCAAUUCCUACCUCUUUUUGUCUCUUUCCUUCACAUACGUAGAAGGAAAAGUAGGAGGGCAAAGUCUAAUAUGGACUUGGGAACCACCCGAAAUAAAAGCGGACACUAUUGCGGCCCACGGUGCGGAUUAGAAUGUUACAAUUUAGUUGGUCGCUUUCCCGCUCCAUUAAGGUUCAAAAAAAUCGAUGGAAGCUAUUUCCUGUCACUUUGACGAGAAAACUAGAGAGAAAUUUUUUCCAUUUUUAGACUUUUUUGUUCGUGAAACGAAAUGCGAUUCGAAGAGAAGGAUAUGGAUUUUGGUGACAUGGAUUCUCCCACGUCAUCUCCGAGUUCAGCGAGGCCUCCGGUAGCGCAAGAGUCGCCUUUCUCCAAUUUCAUUAGCAAUCUAUCCCCUAUAAAUUCACUCAAGUCAAUACAUUAUACACAAAGACUUUUGGAAACCAAUCUGCCGAUCCCACCGCUUGUAUUUACAUCACCUCGUAUAGAUCUGCAGCGAGAGACCAGUUUUCUGGAAAGAGACAAUAUAGUUGCAGCAGAUUCAAAUUUUCAUGAACAGUGUAAUACCCAAUUGAAUGCUGUGCAAAUUUCUAGCCUUGAGAGGGAAGUCCAGUCUUGCCAUUCUUCAGGGUGGGAUGGUGAAUGUCUGGCAAAACCUGUGGAGGUGGACGGUAUAAAUUCAGCUAAUCCAUGCUUGCAGUCGACUAAGGAAGUGUGUCAGUUGUUACAGAGUGGUUAUACUGGCUCCAAAGACACCAUCAAAAAGGUUGAUGAUGCUUUUGAUAGCACAAGAGAGGCUGGAGGUCUUACAUCAUUGGAUCAAGACGAAAACGAUCUGCCUUUAAAUUCACUUAAAAUGGUUGAAGCUGCAGUCAAUCUGAAGAAUGAUGAAAGGUUUGAUGAGUUCUUAAAGUUUUCCUCUGAAAAAAUCAAUGACAUUGUUGCUUCUGAUAUGAAUCCAGACCCUGUUUCAGGAGUGCAACAUUAUGAAAGAUAUGCAGCUCAGGAGGCCAAUUAUCACCAACAUGGUACACGUAGACAUCUUCAUUUUGAAGCUGAUAUAGCCUGCAAGAGUGUAGCUACUGGAAAUACGGCCAUAUCAAGGGAUAGCCUUACAAACUUGAAGAAUGUGGUUUUGUCUCAUGGUGAGAGAAGAACAAUCUCCAGCAGUUGGGAGUCAGUCAGCUAUGCUCAGUCCAUAACUUCCCAGUCCUCUUUCUGCCCCUUUGAAGUGGUUAGAUCCACUCAAACUAGUGGAAAUUCUGCAAUCUUGUCUCCCCUUCCUUCUGGUAUUGGUUUGCAUGUAAAUAGCAUUGGCAGAUCAGUGUGCUUGGACUCGGAUAUGUUUGCAAGUAAGAACUCGACUGGGGAGCUGAGUUCACAAGAUAAGCUAGUGCCUGAGAGGAGCAAUGUUGUAACGAAGGACCCAAAUAGUAUCUCAAUUUCAGCUGUAGCUAGGACAAUGUUUUCUCAUGCAGAUGUAGAUCAGCAGGAAGGUCAAGCUGGUGUGGCAGCCACUUCUGCCAUUAAUAGUCUGAAUCUCCCUUGUGAUUCUUUUUCUUUGACACAAAUUGAGCAACAGGUGGCUUCCGGUGAGGGGAGAAUGUCCACUUCACAAAUUUCUGACAGUGUUGAGGAGUUGAAACAAGUGAGCCCCACGAGGAGAAGGAAGAGGACAGCAAACAAAAGUGAGAGUGAUGGCUGCAAACUAUGUAAUUGCAAGAGGUCCAAAUGCUUGAAACUUUAUUGCGAGUGCUUUGCAGCUGGAGUUUAUUGCGUGGAUUCUUGUGCAUGUGAAAACUGUUUUAACAAACCUGAAUAUGAUGACUUAGUUCUUGAUACACGGCAGCAAAUUGAAUCUCGUGAUCCUCUUGCAUUUACUCCAAAGAUCAUUACACAUGCCACUGACUCUCUUGAAAAUGUUAUGGAAGAAGGGAACUGGAAUACUCCAUCUUCAUCCAGGCACAAAAGAGGAUGCAAUUGCAAGAAGUCAAAGUGUCUUAAAAGAUAUUGUGAAUGUUAUCAGGCUAAAGUUGGAUGCUCCGAUGGAUGUCGAUGCGAGGGUUGCCAAAAUUCUUUUGGAAAGAAGACAGCAUACAGGGGAGCUGAGAGAUGUGAUAAACCCUCUUAUGAGAAGCUGGAUGUUACAGAGGGUGGAAAGGAUAAUAGGAGUAUGGAGCAAUUCUCACCAACAUGGGAAGGACUUGCUGAGCGCAACAGUUCACUUCAUGACAUAGUGGAGGACGAUGAUAUACCUGCUAUGCUGAAGGACACCACUUCUACCACUCUCAUGGCAGUGAAAGCUAUUUCCCCAAACCAGAAACAGGUGUUUCCCCCACGAUUUCGAUCAGAGAGACAAAGGUCAAGCUCUCCGCCGGGCUUGAGAUGUGGCAGGAAACUCAGUUUGCAGGCUGUGCCUUCUUUCCCUUCUCUUACCCCAUUCAGUAAUUCUAAAGACGGCGUCAGUCUUUUUAGAAAUGAUCAGACAGACAAUAUUGGCAAUCAUUGAUUUGAAUGAAUGCCUGGAUUUGGGCAUCAAUCAGUAAACAGCUUCCAAGUUUUAAUAUUUAUUUAAUUUUUUUAUGGCAGCUUAAGACAGCCUUUAUAUUGCUAAGAAAUCUAGUAAGAGCAGUUGCUAAUGGCGGGGCUGACUCUUGGCCAUUUUUUGGCUACUCUUUUCUUAGGCCUUCUGUAGUAAGAAGGCAGCGUAAAUAAUUACCAUAUGUAACGAGAUUUUCGCGCGCGCGUUUUAGUAUUGCUGUAAAUAGAAGAGGUUUUGUUAUAAAUGCAUCUAUUUUUAUUAUUAUUAUUA